AUGGGCCUCACCACACUCCUCCGCGGCUUCAAAGUCCCCAUCACCAUCCUCGACCGCUUCCUCACCGCCCACAACGUCCCGCCCACAGAGCACAACCCCCCGCAUUUCUUCCGGGGCCUCGGCGGGCUAUCCGCGGCCACGCAGAACGUCGACCCGCAAUCCGCCCUUCUCCGCACCCGGCUCGCCGCCGCCAACCCGGCGGCCCUGGGCUCGGUCCGCCUCUUCGUCCCGCACCGGCGUGGUCAGGAUCCCUCCGCCUAUGGAUAUGUUGCCUAUGCGUUCGUGAUGGUUUUUGGGCAGCGGGAGGUGGAUCUUGGCGUGGAGCUGCCGGAGCAGGCGCCGCUUGGGUUUGCUGCGCUGCGGCGGGAGGUGUUGGGGUUUGCUGGAGGUUGCGGGGAUGCAAGAGCCGGGGGCGGAGAGCAGGUUUUUUUGUGGUGGUUACCAAUGGGCUCGGACCUCCGUUGCCAGCAAUGCGUCGUCGUGUUCGAGACAUUGCCUGCGCUACACAUCCACAAGUCCGAGUUGCAUGGGGUGGACAUGAUGUCGAACCCGUUGCCGGAUGACCUUUGA